AUGCCUAACCAGUUUAUGAUAUCGGAGAUUCUUGAAAAUUCUACUACUGAACAAGCAACUCUCCGAGAAAAAACAGUCAUCAGUCAGUUAAAUGAAAAUAUCAGUUGUCCAAGAAACACGAUUACUCCAGUUUCUACUGUUUCAAUUCUAAAUCAGCCACAUAUCCUUCCUGAUAUAAAUGAUAUAAGACUGAAUAGCUCUGAAUUGUUGACAAUCAAUAAUAUUCAGCACGGUAUUUCAAUGAUAUCUAAUAGCAACAAUGAUAAUAGUAUUAAUAAUAAUAGUAAUGAAAAUGCUCAGAUAAAUGCUGAUUUAUUUGGCUGUUUGGAUUUUAAUUACUGCACAAAACUUCUACAAGGAUUAAUCACCUCUGGUGAAAUUAUUUGUGAUAAAAAUGAAGUAGAAAACAAUGUCAAUUCAAACAAAUUAAAUCACUGCUGUAAUCUAUACGAUCAUAUUAGCUAUCAGCCUCAUUCUCUUCCGCCUCAUGAUCAUAAGAUGGAUGCUAAAAAUGCCAAAGGUGGACAAAUGCAUCAUAAACAUGAGAUUGAUUUAACCAAAAACAACAACAAAGACAAUGUCAUCUCUGAUAACUGUUCAAUGGAUCACCAGUAUCAGCAAUAUCAAUCUGAUCACGACAGCAAGGAGUUUCAAAUUCCAGAAGGUUCUAAAACACAUAAUGACCAACCAUCAGAAGUUACAAGUCUACCAACCGUACAGAUUAAUCCAACCACUAUUUACAACAAUCAUUUAGAGACUGAAACUGAUCUGUUACCUCUAAUAUACAAGACAUUCAAGCUUAAUUCUAACCCAAUGACUACACCUGGCAACAAUCAAUAUAAUGUCACUAUCACUACAAAUUCAGAACCAGAUCAAUCAAUGAAUUGUCAGAAUCCUACCGGCUGUAUGACAAUGACUGAUAUAAUGAAGUUAUCUGGCGAAACAUCACAGAUAUGGUGUUUCAGAUCUGAUACUAAUGAAAGAGUAAAUCCAUACACAGGAAAACAGUUGUUAACCAGAAAGAAACGAAAACAGUGCCUAUCUAAAAUGAAGAAAAUUCAUGAAAUAGAGCGAAAACCAAGACAAGCUUAUUCAGCUGUUCAACUUGAACGUCUAGAGACAGAAUUUGAAAGGGACAAAUACCUGAAGCUGAAUAGACGAAUUGAACUGUCAAAUGAACUGAACCUUACAGAGACUCAAAUUAAAACAUGGUUUCAAAAUCGUCGAACAAAGUGGAAAAAGAAGUUUUCAUUGGAUUCUGUAAGUCGUUGUUCAAUGAAUGGGAGUACUUUCUGGUCAACAUCUACGGCAUAUACUGGAAGUAUUGAGGAACAACAGUUUACAAUGAAGAAUUCUUGUGCAAAUUUCUUAACUACACAGAUUAUUAGUGAUACUGUUAAUUCUGAUGAUCGGGUAACUAGUAGUUAUACUAAUCCUCAGUUAGAAGUUGACUUAUCAUCCUUAUGCACAACUAAUCCAAGUGUAUGGUAAUUAUAAUCCCUUUUUUUCUUCA